GGUGGGGCUUAUCGAAGACAGGGUAGGUUGUUAGAAAGUUAAUGGCUGGGGGAGAAAGAUAUGCCUCUACUCUCGCUUCAGGAGAGUUUUUCGAUUUCCUGAAGUGAAAACACAUUUAUUCAAACAGCAUACCAGACGGUAGAUUACCUGAUUAAUAUUUUUACCUACCUACGUAUUGUUCUGACAAGUAUGCAGGAUGCAUUAGCCGGGACGGCUAUGCUCACGGACGGCUUUGAGGACGAGAUAGACUCGGUGACUCCACGGUCCCCAGCGGUAGGGAUGGGGGUAGGAGCAACACCAGGAGUCGGACUUGGGGGAAUAGGUAUCGGUGUUGGAGGAAAGAAAGUACGCUUGUUUAACGAGCCAGGUGGGCCUAGUGCAGACAGACUGGAUUUUAAAUUAGCAGCGGCUGCAGUGCUCUCUUCUGGACCUGGGUCCGGCAGCGACGAGGACGAGGUUUCUGAGGUGGAGUCUUUCAUCCUGGACCAGGAGGACCUGGACAACCCCAUCAUGAAGACAGCAUCUGAGCUGCUCCUCUCCAGUGCCACAGACGGUGUGGACCUGCGAACAGUGGACCCAGAGACACAGGCUCGGUUGGAGGCCCUGCUGGAAGCUGCAGGCAUUGGUAAACUCUCGACUGCGGAUGGUAAAGCCUUUGCAGAUCCUGAGGUGUUGCGGCGUCUGACGUCAUCCGUGAGCUGCGCACUGGACGAGGCCGCGGCCGCCCUCACACGUAUGCGGGCUGAGAACACACUCAACGCGGGGCAGCCAGACAACCGGAGUUUAGCCGAGGCCUGCUCAGAUGGGGACGUCAACGCUGUACGCAAGCUCCUAGACGAGGGACGCAGCGUCAACGAACACACGGAGGAGGGCGAGAGCCUGCUCUGUCUGGCCUGCUCGGCUGGCUACUAUGAACUUGCACAGGUGCUCUUGGCCAUGCAUGCCAACGUAGAAGACCGGGGCAUUAAAGGUGACAUCACCCCUCUGAUGGCAGCGGCGAGCGGCGGCUAUGUGGACAUAGUCAAACUACUACUGGUGCAUGGAGCCGACGUCAAUGCUCAGUCAUCUACAGGCAACACGGCCCUGACGUAUGCCAGUGCAGGCGGCUUUGUUGAUGUUGUGAAGGUGCUUCUGAAGGAGGGUGCUAACAUCGAGGACCACAACGAGAACGGCCACACCCCACUGAUGGAGGCCGCCAGCGCUGGGCACGUAGAGGUGGCGCGCGUGCUGCUGGAGUAUGGGGCUGGCAUCAACACGCACUCCAACGAGUUCAAGGAGAGCGCCCUCACGCUGGCCUGCUAUAAAGGCCAUCUUGACAUGGUGCGCUUCUUGCUGGAGGCUGGGGCGGACCAGGAGCACAAGACAGAUGAGAUGCACACGGCGCUGAUGGAGGCCUGCAUGGAUGGGCACGUGGAAGUGGCCCGGCUGCUGUUGGACAGCGGGGCGCAGGUCAACAUGCCCGCCGACUCCUUCGAGUCUCCACUGACGCUGGCAGCAUGCGGGGGCCACGUGGAGUUGGCCGCCCUGCUGAUUGAGCGCGGGGCCAACCUCGAGGAGGUCAACGACGAGGGCUACACCCCUCUCAUGGAGGCGGCUCGAGAGGGGCACGAGGAGAUGGUGGCGCUGCUUCUGGCACAAGGUGCCAACAUUAACGCCCAGACGGAGGAGACCCAGGAGACGGCGUUGACCCUGGCCUGCUGUGGGGGCUUCUUGGAGGUGGCUGAUUUCCUCAUCAAGGCUGGGGCAGACAUUGAGCUGGGCUGCUCAACCCCACUGAUGGAGGCUGCACAGGAGGGCCACCUGGAGCUGGUCAAGUACCUGCUCGCUGCCGGGGCCAAUGUCCAUGCCACCACGGCCACGGGGGACACCGCGCUGACGUACGCCUGUGAGAACGGACACACAGAUGUGGCCGACGUGCUGCUACAGGCUGGAGCAGACCUGGAGCAUGAGUCAGAGGGUGGAAGGACUCCUUUGAUGAAGGCGGCGAGGGCCGGUCACCUGUGCACUGUCCAGUUCCUCAUCAGCAAGGGGGCUAACGUGAACAGGUCAACAGCCAAUAACGAUCACACGGUGGUGUCUCUGGCCUGUGCCGGUGGCCAUCUUGCCGUGGUGGAGCUGCUGCUAGCACAUGGGGCUGACCCCACCCACAGGCUGAAGGAUGGUUCUAGCAUGCUGAUCGAAGCUGCUAAAGGGGGCCACACUAAUGUGGUGUCCUACCUGCUAGACUACCCAAACAACCUCCUGUCAGUCCCCGCGCCCGACCUGUCCCAGCUCACGCCCCCCUCUCAAGACCCCUCUCAGGUUCCUCGUGUCCCAUUCCAGGCACUGGCCAUGGUGGUGCCCCCACAAGAACCAGACCGAGUGCCCUCCAGCAUCGCUAGUCCCCCGCCGGCUACAAGCAAAGCCUCCAAACAGAGGCAGGCUGCCCUCCAACCCAGCCCCGCUCCACCCUCGACUUCUGCCCCGCCGCCCUCCUCCUCAGACGCCAUGCCCCCUGCCUUCCACCCCUACCAGCCGCUGGACUGCAUCGUGGAGGAAACGGAGGGCAAGCUCAACGAGCUGGGCCAGCGCAUCAGCGCCAUCGAGCGCGCCCAGCUGCAGUCCCUGGAGCUCAUCCAGGGGGAGCCGCUCACCAAAGACAAGAUCGAGGAGCUGAAGAAGAGCCGCGAGGAGCAGGUGCAGAAGAAGAAGAAGAUCCUCAAGGAGCUGCAGAAGGUGGAGCGGCAGCUGCAGCUCAAGACGCAGCAGCAGUUCACCAAAGAGUACAUGGAGGCCAAGGGGCUGAAGGCCGAGGUGGGCUGCCAGGGUCAGUGCCCCGGCCCCGGGCACGGCGGCGGACACCUCCCGGGCCACCUGUUACCCUCACCCCCGCCGCCACCGCCACCACACCACCACGUCCAGCAGCCCAGAGACCCCCCCAUGCCGGCUCAGCCCCCGGCCCCCGACACGGACCAUGAGAGCCAGCUACAGGAGUAUGACGACGAGCAACCGUCACCAGGCGAGGAGGAAGACGAUGACGAGGAAGAUGAGGAGGAGGAGGAAGACGAGGAGGAGGAGGAGGAAGAGGAGGACGACGAGGACGACGAGGUGGUGGAUUCGGUUUAUGGCCAGCUCCCUUCACAGCAAGAGGCCUCGGUCAUCUACCACCACCAUCACCCCCACCCUGACGGCAGCAGCUGCCAGCAGCCUCUGCCUCCACCUCUGGCCCCCUCCCUCCAGCCUCAGCAUCCUCAGCAGCAGCAGCAGCCUCCUCCACCGCCCCCUCCUCCCCCUGCCCUGCAGCCAGCCUUCCCGUGUCUGCCGCCCCAGGCCUCUGAGUACCCUGGCGGGGCCAGCCCUGAGCUGCAGAGGGCUCUGGCCGCCCACACGGAGCAGCAGCAGCAGCAGCAGCAGCAGAUGGUCGUGGGCUCAGGCCUCCUCACACAAGCCCCAGCCGACGGCCUCAUGGUGGUCUCGCCCGCGCAGACGCUCACCGACACACUGGAUGACAUCAUGCAGGCCGUGACCAGCCGAGUGCCUAUGCUGAACACUACCACCUCACCCACCCCCAUGUGCCAGCCGCCGACACAGACCACCGCCGCCAACGGCCUCUCCCCGCCCUCUGCACUGCCCCUCUACCCCUCUGUGGAUAUCGACGCACAUACGGAGAGUAACCACGACACUGCGCUGACGCUGGCCUGCGCCGGGGGCCACGAGGAGCUGGUGUCCGUGCUGAUCGCUCGCGGGGCCAACAUCGAGCACCGGGACAAGAAGGGUUUCACCCCCUUGAUCCUGGCGGCCACAGCGGGGCACGUGGGCGUGGUCGAGGUCCUGCUGGUCAAGGGGGCUGAUAUUGAGGCGCAGUCGGAGAGAACCAAAGACACGCCUCUGUCUCUAGCCUGUUCCGGUGGACGUCAGGAGGUGGUGGAGCUGCUGCUGCUGCGAGGCGCCAAUAAGGAGCACCGUAACGUGUCGGACUACACCCCGCUCAGCCUAGCGGCCUCUGGAGGCUACGUCAACAUCAUCAAGAUCCUCCUCAAUGCAGGCGCUGAGAUCAACUCCAGGACUGGCAGCAAGCUGGGCAUCUCGCCUCUGAUGCUGGCGGCCAUGAACGGCCAUGUGCCCGCAGUGAAGCUGCUGUUGGACAUGGGCUCGGACAUCAACGCUCAGAUCGAGACCAACCGCAACACGGCGCUGACGUUGGCCUGCUUCCAGGGCCGGGCCGAGGUGGUCAGUCUCCUGUUGGACCGCAGGGCUAAUGUGGAGCACCGGGCAAAGACGGGCCUGACUCCUCUGAUGGAGGCUGCCUCCGGAGGCUACGCUGAGGUUGGGCGUGUUCUGCUGGACAAGGGGGCAGAUGUCAACGCCCCUCCCGUCCCCUCUUCACGUGACACCGCCCUCACUAUCGCUGCAGACAAGGGCCACUACAAGUUCUGUGAGCUGCUCAUCAAUAGAGGGGCUCACAUUGACGUGCGCAACAAGAAGGGCAACACCCCGCUGUGGCUGGCGGCCAACGGCGGCCAUUUUGAUGUGGUGCAGCUUCUGGUGCAAGCAGGCGCAGACGUGGAUGCUGCUGACAACCGCAAGAUAACGCCCCUCAUGGCUGCUUUCCGCAAGGGCCAUGUGAAGGUGGUGCAGUACUUGGUGAAAGAGGUCAACCAGUUCCCCUCCGAUAUUGAGUGCAUGAGAUACAUUGCCACCAUUGCAGACAAGGAGUUGCUGAAGAAGUGCCACCAGUGCAUGGAGACCAUUGUCAAAGCCAAAGAUCAGCAGGCCGCCGAGGCCAACAAGAACGCCAGUAUCCUGCUCAAAGAGCUGGACCUGGAGAAGUCCAGAGAAGAGAGCAAGAAGCAAGCUCUGGCCGCCAAGCGGGAGAAGCGCAAGGAGAAGCGCAAGAAGAAGAAAGAAGAGCAGAAGAGGAAGCAGGAGGAGGAGGAGGAGGCUCAGAUCAAGGAGGAGACACUGGAGCUGAAGGAGGACUCUUCUGAAGAACUCGAGGUGCUCAUUGAGCCGCCAAGUGCCACCACUACCACCACCAUCGGCAUUCUGGCCACAUCUCCCACCUUCACCUUGGCCUUUGGCAAGAAGCGUGCCGGCACGACCAUCGUGCCCAGCACUGCCCGCAAGGGCAGGAAGAACAAGAGCAAGGAGUCGGGCGAGUCUGACGUCCACCUGCAGGAGGCUCCGCUGGCUCCGAGCCAGGGAGGCAAGCUGCUGCAGCCCACAGGGGCCAACGGCGACUCGGACCAUCUGGACAACACGGACUGCACCAGCGAGAGCAGCGGCAGCAGCAGCAGCUGUGGGGGAGGCCCCGGAGACAAGAACCACCACCACCACCACCGCCACCCCACUGACACGCAUCCCACCCUGUCCACGUCUUCAUCGUCCUCGUCCUCCUCCGGCGCCCCCUCCUCUUCCUCAGCUCCCAUACACAUGACUUCGGCUGCAGAGAAGAGGCAGGGCCCUCAGCACAGCUCUCGUGACGACAAGAUCAUCAGCUCCAAGAAUCAGCAGAGAUCUCAUGAGCAGACGUCUGACCUGGUGUCGAGCUCCAUGCCCUCUUCAUACAAGAGCAUCACGCUGCCCGUGACCUCACCCAACAGCAAGCUGAGCAUGACCAGCCCCAAGAGGGGGCAGAAGAGAGAGGACGGCUGGAAGGAGGUCGUCAGGAGGUCCAAAAGGCUCUCGGUGCCCGCGUCAGUGGUCUCACGCAUCAUGGGCCGAGGAGGCUGCAACAUCACGGCCAUCCAGGACGUCACCGGCGCCCACAUAGAUGUGGACAAGCAGAAGGAUAAGAAUGGGGAGAGAAUGAUCACCAUAAGAGGUGGCACAGAGUCCACACGCCACGCCAUCCAGCUCAUCAACGCUCUCAUCCAGGACCCCGCCAAGGAGCUGGAGGACCUCAUCCCCAGGAACCACAUCCGGCCCCCGGGCUCCAAAGCUGGCUCAGCUGCUUACUCCAGCUCCAGCGGAGCCAACAGCUCCUCUUCUUCGGCUGGCCCUAAGGGCCAGGGCUCCUCGGCCGCCUCCGCGUCCUCAGCCUUCCAACCCUCCUCCGCUGCCUCGCAGAUCGGGGGCAAAGUGGGCAAAGGUCUGUCGUCGUCGUCGUCAGGGAUGAGGCAGCCGUUCCCCGUGUCUCUCCCGCUGGCCUACGCCCACCCCCAGCUGGCCCUGCUCGCGGCCCAGACCAUGCAGCAGAUCCGCCACCCCCGCCUGCCCAUGGCGCAGUUCGGCGGCACGUUCUCCCCGGCGGCCAGCACCUGGGGCCCCUUCCCCGUGAGGCCUGUGAGUCCGGGCAGCAACAACAGCUCCCCCAAGCACGGCAGCGGCACCAUCCCCUCGUCCACCUCACGGCCCACCUCCUCCUCGGCGCUCGGAGAGCAGGCGCCCGCUAACACUAACGCCAGCACCAGCCCAAACACCAGCGGUGCCCCGGCUGCGUCUCCUGCGGCUCCGAUGUCUGCGUCCCCCAACAGCGCUGUUCCCACGCACCCCCAGCCCACCCCCUCCUCUGUGCGGAAACAGCUCUUCUCCUCCACGGCCCACCCCAAAACACACAGCGCUCCGCUCACGGCCGCGGCCCCCACCAGCGCCGCCCAGGCUGCCGCUGCGCCCCCAUCCCUGCUGCUCCUCCAGCAUGCCGCCGUGAGCACGGCCCCCUCCUCCACACCCCUGCCUCCCAUCGCUCCCCCGGUUCAGGCAGCCAAGUUGCCUCCCAAAGCCGCUGAAGGUGGCAGCGUGUCGGUGGCCCCUGUUGGCAAAGAGAAGCCCAUGGCCCCUGAGCCCCAGCAGCCGCUGACGGUGGAGUCCCCCGCAGCGGGAACAGGAGAUUUCUCGGCGCCAGUGGCUCCUCCCAAAGCCGAGCUCCUCCCACAGCAGUCGUCCCUGCCCUUCAGCUCCACCUCGGAGACCCCUCUGGCCACGCCUCUCCUCAUCCAGUCUGCCGCCUCCCUCCCACCCUCCUCCACCUCGCCCCCCUCCAGCCAAACCCCGCUGGUCAACACCACCAGCUCUGCUGCACCGCACUUCUGUGCACCAACCCCCCGCAUGUCCCACCGCAUGCAGAUGGGCCCCAAUCACUACAGCCCCGCUCUGGCUGAUCACCAGCAGCAGCAGCAGCAGCAACAACAACAACAUCAACAACAUCAUCAACAACAACAACAUCAACAGCAGCAGCAUCAUCAGCAACAUCAGCAUCAUCAGCAGCAGCAGCAGCAGCAUCAUCAACACCAACAGCAGUCCCUCCUGAUGUCCCUCGGUGCCCAGCAGGAGUCUCCCAAAGCCCAGGCCACGCAGCAGCCCUCACUGCCCCCACAGCCUCCUCACGCCCCCCCCAGCCUGGCGCCCCCGCCGCCCCAGAUGCAGAUGUCCUCUUCCUCCUCCUCCUCGUCCUCCUCUGGGCUUGGCCUGAUGAAUGGCUCCCAGCAGGUCCACAUGCACGGUGCUAAACCCCAGCUGCCGCCCAACUUCGGCCCCCAGGCCCUCUUCAAUCACUUCAGCAGCAUCUUUGACGGCAGCCAGGUUGGCACCAACCAGGUGUGGGGUGCCUGUCACCUGCCCACACGCUCGCCACCUGAGCAGCACUACUCUGCUCCACCCGCCUUCAUGGGCAUGGGUAUGGGGCAAGGGGACGGUGUGAUGCCACCCCCGAUGCCGCCUCCGGACAGCUCCAAGGCCCCCGGCUACCGCUCUGCCUCCCAGAGGAUGGUCCCCAGUUCCAUCGCCCUCCAUCCCAUGGACCCUGCAGCCAACUCCAUCUCAUCCUCAGCGGCGAUGACCAGCAUGGCCACCUCCACCUCCAUGUCGGGCAGCGCUGUGUACCUCCACGGCCCGAGUCCUGCGAGCGGCCCCUCCUUCAACCGACAGCAUUUCUCCCCCCACCUCUGGGGUGCGUCUGGCUCUUGCGAGACUGCUGUCCCCACUGUGUCAUCGGGGGCUUCCUCGCCGCUCACAGCGUCCGCCUCGGCCCCGCCCCUGCAGGCCAAGCCCGGUAACUCCGGCCACCUGGAUCGGAAGGUUCCACAACCCAUCGGCACCGAGCGGCUCGCCCGUAUCCGGCAGACGGGCACAGUCAACCCGCCGCUGCUCACCACCAGCUACACGGCGCCCGUGGGCCAAGGUGGCAUCUGGUCCUUCAGCGUUGGCAAUCACUCUGAGCCCGUGUCUGGCUGGUCUCAGCCCCUGAUGAGCAGUCACAUGAUGCACCAACAGGCCCCGGAGCAGGCCUUCUCUCAGCACCAGCCCAUGGAGCAGGACGACACGGGGAUCCAGGCUCCCGCCAACACCUUCCACCAGCAGCUGCCCAACAACCUCAUGGACUUCCCCAAAGGAAUGCCCAUGUCUAUGUAUGGGGGGACUAUGAUGCCGCCUCACGGACCCAUGGUGGAGGGCCCUGGAGGGCCCAUGUACAACGGGCUGCACACAUCCGACCCCGCCUGGAACCCCAUCAUUAAACUGGUCCCCAACUCCGCAGAGAGUUCAGAUCCUCAGCAGGUCUGGCCAGGUACUUGGGCCCCCCAUAUUGGGAAUGUGCAUUUGAACCACGUCAACUAGAACACAAUACUGGCAACAACCUUCAAGGCAUAUGUCCAGAAUUAACAGAAAAUACUCACUUUAAAGCCAACAAGAGGAAAUAAAAUCACAAGACAAAAACUUAGUAAUGUGGGCAAGUACAGAGUUAAGAAUUGUUAAAGAAAAGAAAACAUACCCUGUGUUUUUUUUGUUUUUGUUUUGUUUUAUUUUUGACGUGCCUAACUCAAAAAAUAAAAUAAAAAGGAAACUAGUGUGGGAUGUUACUGGUUUACUGAACAAGAUCAACAGGAUGCAUUCUCUGCGUAGUUUAGCCGUUUUGACCUAAACCCACGAAAGGCGUUAUUUGACUGUAUGGGUCCUGCGAAAUGCAGUCAUUAACUAGAUGAUUACCUAAAGAGAUAACGAAAUCAGACCUUUUAGAGUGGUAAAUACAUGUACAAUUGUUUACAUACUAAAAAGGGUUAAAAAGCAAAUUUCAUGUCGUAUAGUGGCUCUACUUUAUGUAGCCUGUAUUAAUGUGAAAUAUUUACCUUAAUAUUCAAUAAAAAGAUGAAACUG